AUGGAUAAACCACAGAUUGUCGGUCACCUGCAAAAAUCUUUAAACUACACAACAUUUGAUUGCAAAUGGAUACCAGUUAGUUCAAAAUUCGUAGUUGUUGGUUCUUAUCCUCGAAAUACCGGUGCAAUACAAAUAUACGAUGUAACGGUCGAAGAGCUGAAGCUCAUUACUGAGGUAGAGAAACCCAAAUCAUUCAAAUGUUGCACUUUUGGAGCUUCCCAAGUUGCACAUUCUCACUUAGCCACUGGUUCAUUUGAUGGUCGCUUGGCUAUCUGGGACCUAAAAGAUGACCGUAUAUCAAAUAAUCCAUUGUAUUCCACUCAGGCGCACAAGGAGAUCAUUAACACUAUUGAUGGCGUUGGUGGUAUCGGAAUUGGGGAAGGUGCUCCGGAAUUGGCUACUGGAAGUCGUGAUGGUACAGUCAAGGUCUGGGACACAAGGCAGGCUAAGCUUCCAGUAGCCAGUAUGGAAGCUGGCUCUCAAGAAGCACAGGGUGACCCUACAAUUGUCGGGGGUAUUCGAGAUUGUUGGACAGUAGCAUUUGGACAUGCAUAUAACCAACACGAUCGUUGUCUCGCAGCCGGAUAUGACAAUGGCGAUAUAAAGCUUUUCGAUCUCCGAGCUAUGCGCGUUCGUUGGGAAACUAACGUCAAAAAUGGUGUUUGCUGUCUAGAGUUUGAUAGGAAAGAUAUCGAUAUGAAUAAGUUGGUGGCAACGACGCUUGAGUCGAAAUUACAUGUUUUUGACAUGAGGACUCAACAUCCAAAGUUGGGUUUCUCUUCCCUUACUGAGAAAGCUCAUUCCUCAACAGUAUGGCAGGUAUCUAAUUCAACGCUUCAGAAAGUUUUGCUAAGUUGA